UGUGUUUGAAGUGUGUAAGUGCAAAUUUAUUUUCUUAUUUUUCUAUAAAAAGGAAGAAUAUAACAUCACAUCUCAUUUCAAAUAGAAAUUCAUUGCAGCCAAGUAAUAACGAUGAUGAUGCGAAUUGAUGAAUUCGAUAUAGCAUAUGAAAAAAUUGGUCAUGGUACGGAUAUUGUAUUAUUCAUACCUGAAGCAUUGGGCACUGUUCAAAGUCAAUUUCAACAACAAUUUGAUCCCGAUAAUGAUGGCUGUUUAGAUUUGGAUUGUUUUACAUUCAUUUGUAUUGAUCUACCUGGAUGGGGAAGAUCCAAUAAUCAAGAACGUCCUUAUGGUCCAACAAUUCUCGAUGAUGAUGCUAUCCGAUGUGAUAAAUUAAUGAAUAAACUUGGAUAUAAUGAAUAUUCAAUCUAUGGUUUUGGUUUGGGUGGACAAAUUGCUAUUAUUAUGGCAAAAAAAAUUGGUUCCCGAAUCAAAUCAAUGAUAUUACAUGCAACGGCAACAUAUUCGGAUGAUAAAUUAAUACAAAAUUAUAGAAAAUUUCGUGAUCCAGAUUGUUGGAAUGAUGGUGGUAUAAUGUUUCGACAAUUAAAACAUGUUUACAAUAAUGAUUUAGAUCGUAUGGCCUAUGAUUGGAACAAAUAUAUUGAUUUAGCUGUUAAUAAAUUCAAUGAAUAUUAUCCUGAUGGUUUAUUGAUAAUGGAUAAUCAAAUUCAAUGUCCAUCAUUAAUUCUAUAUGGUGAUCAAGAUAAAUUUAUUGAUAUUGAACAGAUAAAUUAUUUGACAAAUAAUUUAUCAAAUAAUCGAUUGAUAAUAUUUUCAAAAUGUGGUCAUCAUUUAAACGAUGAACAACCUAACAAAUUUAAAAAUAUAGUUGAAAAAUUUUUAUUGGAAAAUUUUUGGUGCAGUAAAAAUUGUCUUUAUUGAUUAGAACGAUAUUAUUAUUAUCGCUAAUUAUGAUAUAGCCAAUUAACCGAUAA